CAUGACUGUGGAGGCCCCUAAGGCAGGCCCUACCUUGUACAGAUGAGAUCGUGAUGGCCGAGGAAAGUUGGGUGAGGCGUACCAAGAGGUAUAAAUGGUCAAAGACUGACAUACACCAAUGUUACAGCAACAAGAACCGGUAACCAGGUAACAGGUAAACACAAGACUGAACUAAAAAAAAACAACAAUAACAACCAUGGCAACCAUACAACUAGUGACUUUCGUGGCCCUGGCCUUAUGUCUAGCUAGUGCACAACCAUUUUUACCUGGGCUUCAAGUCUUGCCAUAUUCCAAGGGUUACAUCAAAGAACCACUGACCUUGACUUGCGCUGUUAACUUCACUGAUAAAUACAAGCCCAAUGCAGGCAUUGUUAACGCCAUUGCUGUCACUAUCAAAGAGAAACAAGGACUCUAUGGCGGGGCAGGUCCAGCCUUGUUCCCUUACCUCAACGGCAAAGGCGGAUCUCAAGGUUAUGGUCUUUCAGCUUCCAUCAACAUCUUCUCUCUCAUCGGCGGCCCCGUAUCCAUAGCUUUCACCGAGCGGGCUAGACCAGAGAGAGGCUGCUACGCUGAGGACUUUGGAUCCUUUUAUACUGGUCUGCCACCAGCUCAGCCUUACAGAGGCUUCGGAGGCUACGGAGGAGUAGGAUCAAGCUACGGAGGUCUCAAUGGAUUGGGUGGACUUGGCGGUGGAUUCAAUGGAUUAGGUGGACUCGGUGGAUAUGGAUCUGGUUUAGGCUCAAAUUACGGGAUGGGAGGACAGGGAUACGGCCUAGGAGGUCAAGGAUACGGCCCUGACGGACAAGGUUACGGCCUUGGAGGACAGGGAUAUGGCAUGGGAGGUCAAGGAUACGGCAUGGGAGGCCAAGGUUAUGGAGGACCUGGACCCAUGGGUGGAGCUGGCCCAAUUGGAGGAGCUGGCUAUUCCGGAGUCAUCUACACUGAGCGCGCACCAGGCAUCGUUGCCAACAUCCGCCUCACCCCUGGAACCGCUUCCGAGAUCAACAUUGACACCUUGUCUGGUUUCUCUAGCCUGAAAGACCUGGCUGGCAGAGGCAUCGUUGUUUGCCCAGACGCUGCUGUUGGAGACAAAUAUGGUGAAUAUGUCUGUGAGAAUGGAAUCCUGUCUUGCUGUGCCCUCCACUACGACAACGGGGAACAGAAACUGACUGUCAGCUACAACUACUAGACUGAGGCAACCACGUGACUUAACAACCAACACCGACUUCUGAUCUUAAAGAAUGCGCUGUCAGAAGUCGACCUUUUUUUUUGUACCACCAUUGUCAAAAUGAAUGCUAUGUAAAUGAUAUAACACUAGAAGAUUGUGGGAAGAAAGCAAUGCUUCCGAAAGAUAUUUGAACACUGAAAUAAACAAACAAAAACAGUU